AAACGGAAAAAAAAAAAGAAAAAAAGAAAAAAACUCACGCAAGUUUCUUCCGUUUCCUCUGAAUCGGUGUCACUGUCUAAGAGAUAUAUAUAAUUGAGCUGUUCUUUUUUAGUAUUCAUUUUAUUGGGUUGAGAAAUUUGAGAUGAAAUUUGAGGCUCUUGGAUCGAAAUUUUUUUGAUUGUUCGGAGUAACGAUGAGUAGAGGAGUGAAUGGAAACGAUGCUUUGGAGACUAUAAACGCCGCAGCGAGUGUGAUCGCAUCUGCUGAGAAUCAGAAUCGGGUUCGUCAAGGUUCGGUUCAGAAAAGAAGAUGGAGAAGCUACUGGAGCCUUUUUUGGUGUUUCGGAUCUCACAAAAACAAGCAACAAAUUGCACAUGCUGUUCUUGUUCCUGAAACCCCAACCACAGGAGCAGACGCUCCAACAGCUGAAAAUCCACCCCAACUACUUUCCAUAGUACUUCCUUUUGUUGCACCACCUUCCUCUCCAGCAUCUUUCCUUCCAUCAGGGCCUCCUUCAGCAACCCAGUCACCAACUGGCCUCUUAUCGCUCACCUCAAUAUCUGCAAAUAUGCAUUCUCCUGGGGGCCGUCCCUCAAUUUUUGCCAUUGGUCCUUAUGCUUAUGAGACCCAGAUAGUAUCUCCACCUGUAUUCUCAACUUUCACCACUGAACCAUCAACUGCCCCCUAUACUCCUCCCCCAGAAUCAGUUCACUUAACUACACCUUCCUCUCCUGAGGUGCCGUUCGCACGGCUACUUGAACCCAGCUUCCAAAGUGGUGAAGGUGGUCAGAGAUAUCCUCUAUCGCAAUAUGAAUUUCAGUCUUAUCAGCUUCAGCCUGGAAGUCCAGUCAGCCAUUUGAUCUCACCUAGCUCUGGCAUAUCCGGUUCAGGCACCUCGUCACCUUUUCCUGACCUUGAGGGUGCUCCUGGACACCCACUUUUUGUUGAGUUCAAAACUGGAAACCAUGCCAAGUUCUUAAACUUUGACAAGAUUGUGCUUCGUAAAUGGGAAUCAUUCCAUGGAUCUGGUGCAUUAACUUCAGAUAUUGCCAGGCCCAAAUCUCAUGAUAGUUUCCUUCUAAGUCAUCAAGGUUCAGAUAUUACUCCACUUCCAGAUGAAUGUAACAGGUUGCGAAAUGAUGAGAUCGUGGUUAAUCAUAGAGUUUCUUUCGAGAUAACUGCAGAGGAAGUUGUAAGAUGCGUGGAAAAGAAACCAGUAGCCUUCCCAGAAGUUGGGCAAGAGUUUGUUAAAAACAUUGAACAUACUGGAGAGGAAAACCCAGGAGAUAUGACAAAUGUACAUGAGAACCUUGCUGGAGUAACUUCUAACAUCACAUCCGAUAAAGCCCCUACACAGGGUGAGGAUGAAAGGAAGCACCAAAAGAACUGCACUAUCACCCUUGGAUCUUCCAAAGAAUUCAACUUUGACAAUAUAGAUGGAGAAAAUUCUGAUACACCUAAUGUUGGUUCCAACUGGUGGGCCAAAGAGAAGGUUGGGGAGGAGGGUGGACCAACUAAGAUCUGGUCCUUUCCGGUGAUGCAGACGAGUGCCAGCUAGUUGUUACCUUCAUGUUGUUAUCAGCAGGAAGGAAAUAAAUAGCUGGUUGAAACAUUUAAAGCUGAGCACACACCCAGUGACGGCUCUAAUAUUGUGAAACUACAUGGUAGGAAAAAAUGGGUUUUUAGAUUGUAGUCAUGUUGUGCAGGACUGACUCUCCCAUGAAGGCUGUUUUUUGAGCACUUCCUGACCUGGAAAGAGGAUACCCAGAAACUGUUAGAAUAGUGAAAAAAUUGCUAUGUUUAGGAUAGAAAUGUUUCAUGAUUAGCAUCAAGAUAUUUGCCUUUUCUGAAUGUAAGAUAAAUAAUAUAGGCAUAUAGCUGUAAGUCUAUAACUGUCAUAGCCAUGAUGUUGCUGAUGACGACGAAAAGGAUGUUCUAGACGAUCAGUUAUAUUAAAAAAAUGAUAAUAACUUUACCUAAGAUGACUUAUAUUACUGUUUUUAUUGUAUAGCAUUAGAAUCUGUUGUCUUGCCCGUGAAAAUGCAGUUGUUGGAAAAAGAUGUAUUGUUCUGCAGCAAGCUGAAAAAGGAGCGCAAUUCAGAAUAUUAAGUCAUCUUUUGUUACCAGGUAUGUGUGAAUCAUGUUAAAUAUCUUUAUAUAGCCUGUCUGCUAUCCCAUGCUACACAAUGAGAUGGACACAUUUACUAUCUUGGAAUUGAGUGUUUGUUUUACAAAUUGAUUUCUUAGGUCCUCCAAAAUCUUAGAUUUAUUAAUGUACCGAAAAAUGUCUAAAGGGACGACCACAAAAUGGACCCUUUCUUUAGCUGAAUCUGUGUCGUAUUCUCAAUGAUUUCCAAUUUCAAUCAUACCACCCCUUCUAUCGACAGACACUGAAUUUUUGUAGUCUUACUCUUCAUCCUCUGAACUGGAAAUCUUUUUGUUUCUUUGGAGUUGGAUUCUGUGAUUCCGAUUACUGCAUUUCAGUGAAUUUCUGGUGACAAUUUGUUGUUGUUCACCUGCAAACCUUUUACAAACUUUGAUGUUUUUCUUAGAUAGCACUAGCUUUUAUUUCCUUUUGUCAAAUACGGCAUGAACUGUUCAUUCGUACAAUUGGUCACUGUGCUUUGAAUUAUGGAUAAACAAGUGAAAAAAACCUGGGUGUAAUAUAAGUUAGUCCUUUGAUUUUGUUAUGAUUUAAAACAAUGAAACUAAAUGCAGGAGGGUAAUAUAUGAAGAAUAAUGCUAGUCAGCCAGGGAUGAAAACAUGGAUAAAAACAGGGAUUUGAAUUUUCACUGACGUGGCACUUAUUGCACAAUUAAAAAAAAAAGAA